AUGUCCGUCCAGCGCCCCAACGUCUCCAACGACCUGAUCUGGCUGAUCACCCGUAACCAGAAUGCUUAUCUGGUUCGCCGCAACACCGGCGGUGGCUCCCAGUUCUCCCGCGACCCCCUGAACCUGGUCAACAAGCACUCCUUCAAGUACUCCGGUUUCGCCAACAACAAGGCCGUCGGUGUCCAGUCCGCUGAGAACGGUGGUGUCACCGUCACCGCCAAGAAGCCCGGCAGCCCCCAGCAGCCCGCCCAGAACCAGGUUACCGUUACCUACGGCCCCAAGACCGCCACCCGCAAGAUCUACAAGGGUGUCGCCAGCAAGACCGCCCAGCACGGCUACCGCGCCGAUGUCCGCGAGGAGGCCGUUGCCCGUGUGAGCGCCGUCCGCCGCUCCCAGCUGCCCAAGAAGGAGACCCCCGCCUCCAAGCCCCGUGGUGCUCAGGCCCGCAAGGCCGAGACCUCUGAGUAA